AUGAACAAAUCGCUCAAAAGCAUCGAUAGAGCAUCGAUCGUUGCACGCCUUUUUCAUCCUCCCACCUCUGACCAACAGUUCACAUCAUGUGAAUGUUGUCUGCGCUGCACAUGUGCAGCUAUGAGAACCCGACUGCGAAUAAUAUAUUCACCUCCGCUCUGUCCAAAUGAAGCAUGUCGUCUACCUUAUAGAUGCGAAACAGUGCUAGCAUUAAAAGCGUUGUUUCCUGAGAGAGCGGCAUACUUCAGUCGUUUUGACUUGGAGUCACACUACUCGAUGGAAGCAUUGAAAGACGACAGUAUUACGGCUCACAGAAAAACUGUAUCAUCGGUCGGUUUGACAUGCACUGACGUUCCGGUUUGCGCGUUUAUGAAGCAGACCGAGGCAGAUUCGCUGCACAAACGUAAACACAAUGAAAAUGCCCGUUCGUCCAUUUGCUAUGUCGCAGCAGCUUGUUCUUGGGCAGCUUGGAAACCGUCUAGGCAUACAUCAUGUCCAAGUCUCUCGCUAGGUAGAUGGAGGAAGAAUACUGCAGAUGGGCUCCGGUUGCGCGGACUAAUGGUCGCAAUAUGGCACACUGUCUGUAUCUAUGUUCUCACAGGCGCUCAUUCGAGUGAAGCUGAGAAUGAGGAAGAAGCAGCGAGUUGA